AAACAAAGAAUAUUGUUUUUUUUCGUUUUUGUUCAAAAGGGCGUAUUCAUCGAGAAAAUAGACGAAGGACAAGAGUGCCUGGAAUGCGAAAGUAAAUGCCCGGGUUACAAACCUCACGCUUGGAGAACUGUUUGUGAUAAUUGUAAAUGCUCGCGCGAAUGUCACGACAUUUGUCCCAAAGAUACGAUUAAUAUCCGUGAUAGAAUAGGGUCGAAAGGCCAAGGCCAACAAAAUAGAAUGCGGUCGAAACGGACUGCUUCAAAAGAAGGGUAUUCCUGGGUGCCAUCCGACUUGUCUCCAGAUAAAAUCCAAUUAUACUUCAUGCAGAUCCCUUCCCAACGAGUGCCUCGAAUCGGAACGUCCGGUGAAAAAUAUCGGGAAAAACAGAUUAUUAAACAACUUCCGAAACAAGAUUUGUCUGCAGAUUUCUGUAAAUUUUUAGGAAAAGAAUAUCAGCAGCAAUACGCGGACUUUAUACGCGAACGCCAGAAAACAGCGAUGGAUAUUGCAUACGUUAAAAGUGCUCCGGAGCAGACUUCGGAGUGCCGCGGUUGUCGAGGAACCGUGUUACUGGGAGAUUUAGCAGUAGUAAAUUCGAAAUUAGGAGAAGAGAAUCCGUUUCACCCGGGCUGUUUCGUAUGUUCGGUAUGCGAAGAAUUAUUAGUGGAUUUAGUUUGUUGUACCUUAGAGGGCAAAAUUUACUGCGAACGUCAUUACGCGGAACAAAUAAGACCUCGAUGCGCGGCCUGCGACGAGCUUAUUUUUGACGAUCGAUACACCAGAGCAAUGUCAAAAGAUUGGCACACGGUUCAUUUCUGCUGUUGGAAGUGCGACGAAUCUCUUACGUGUCAGCGAUAUCUUAUAAGAGACGAUCGACCAUUUUGCGUUGGUUGUUACGAAAAAACGUAUUCCAAUAUUUGCGACGAAUGUGGAAAAUUAAUAGGAGUUGAUUCAAAAGAUCUCUCCUACAAAGAUAAACAUUGGCAUGAAACGUGCUUUUCGUGCAAUAAAUGUCACGCUCCGUUGGAAAAUAAACUUUUCGGCUCGAAAGCAGACCGAGUUUACUGCGUCACCUGUUACGAAUCGGAUUUUGCCACCGAGUGCGACGUUUGCGGCGAAAUAGUUAAAGCCGGUUCGAGUAAGAUGGAGUAUAAAGAUAAACAGUGGCACGUCGAGUGUUUUCGCUGCGUUGUCUGUGCCGACUCCAUAGGCACCAACAGCUUUAUUCCGAAAGAUAACUGCAUAUAUUGCCCUAGCUGUUACGAACAGAAGUUUUCUACGCGUUGCAUCAAAUGCCAUCGAGUAAUCGAUACUAAUGGUAUUACUUAUUGCAACGAACCCUGGCAUAGAGAGUGUUUUUCUUGCACCGGCUGUCAGAUGUGUUUGGCGGGACAGCGCUUCACAUCCGUAGACGAGAAACCCUAUUGCGCCCAAUGCUUCGGAGAAUUGUUUGCAAAAAGAUGCGACGCCUGCAACGGACCAAUUACUGGCAUUGGCGGAACGCGUUUUAUAUCCUUCGAAGAUCGGAAUUGGCACAACCAUUGCUUUGUGUGUGCCGCUUGCCAACGAUCGCUGGUCGGAGAAGGAUUUAUGGCAGACGGAGCGGAUGUCUUGUGUGUGGAAUGUGCCAAGAACAGAUUUAUUAAUUAAACGACGAUUCGUCAAAUUCGUCUCCCAAAAUUUAAGACGAUUAUUUCGACAAAACAAAAUUACAAAAUUAAAGAUGGAAUUUUUCGCACGAACUUUAUUCUGUUUCAAUAAAA